AUGAAUAAAUCCCCAGUGGUCGUUACAAGGCACAAAUGUGCAGCUUGUUUUCGACAGUUUAAAAGAAAGGAGCACCUUGUUGAGCACAUGAAGAAAUCCAAUCACUCUGUCCAUGAGCCAAAAUGUGGUGUUUGUCAAAAGCACUGCAAAUCAUUUGAAUCAUUAAGAGAGCAUAUAUCGGGACAAGUAGCUAAGGCCACGUGUUCAAGUAUAUUCUCUCUGACUGGUUGCCAACUCUGUCUAAAAGUUUUCGAUAGCACGGGUUCUCUUAAUGAACAUAAAGAGUCAUGUCUACGUCCCGCACCUGCUUGUCUUGGAACAAUAGAUGUUCCAGAAUAUGUAGCAUAUGAAGCCUUAGAAGAUAAUAUUCAUAUUAGUAAAUUCCCUGAAGCAGUUGCUAUUGAAUGCCAAAUGGUUGGCGGUGGUAGUGAUGGAUCAGUUGACAUAUUAGCUCGAGUCUGCCUCGUUGAUGAGGAAGAGAAUAUGAUAUUCCACACCUUUGUAGCACCUCAAAUGCCCGUGACUGAUUACAGGUAUAAACUAACUGGCUUAACGGAAGCGCAUCUUAGAGAUGGUAUGCCACUUACUGAAGUUCAAGAAAAGAUUUCUCGUAUUUUAUACAAUGGAGAAUCAUUAGGAAAAGCACGGUUGAAUGGAGGAAAAGCUAAGCUUCUUGUGGGUCAUAACGUUCAGUGUGAUUUGGAUUGCUUGUUAAUGAACUAUCCUGAUAUAUUAAUAAGGGAUACUGCAACAUAUCUUCCCCUAAUGAAAACUCAUACUAAGAACGCUAGCUAUUCUCUCAAGGACCUUACUAAGAAAUUUCUCGGGUACGAUAUCAGGGCAGGGCAUCACGAUCCUUUACAAGAUUGCUUGUCUGUAAUGAGACUAUACAAGCGUAUGCGCUCUCAAGAACACCAAGAUGAAAUGACCGCAACAAUGUGUGGUUACAAGACCAAAGAUACCUAUACUUUUGAUACUCUAACAUUAAAGGAGCUUGAAAACAUGUCCCCUGAUGAACUUUUUGAGAUUUCAACAUCAAAUUAUCAAUGCUGGUGCUUGGACUCUCGACCACGCGAUCUAUCGAGAACUUGGAACGUUUCAGUUUGA